GCACAGGCAACUGAGGUCGGGUCCCUGAGGCGCCCGUAUUCCCCCGUUCUCUUGGCAUGCCAGCCCCUUUUGAGUGAGAGCUUAGGUGUCUGAGGAGGAGGCAAGAGCUUAAUCAGCUGCGUGGAUCCAGCCUUCGGAAACGAACCAAUUCAUGCUCCUCUUCUGCCAAUACGUGCUCGCGUUUUUGAGUAUGGUAGUUGCAGCACCCGGGGUUAGCUGUGCCCUUGUGGUCUCCCAGCCAAGCGCUGUUGCAAAUGAUGGUGUUAGCCGAGAUCUGCCGAGAAUGCUAUGUGAGAGGGAACUUCCGCUGUGACUGUGGAAAUAGCAAGUUCAAAAAUCUGCAGUGCAAGUUACUCCCAGAGAAGGGCAAAGUGAAUUCAGGAAAUAAGUAUAAUGACAAUUUCUAUGGAUUAUACUGUACUUGUAAAAGACCUUAUCCUGAUCCUGAAGAUGAGAUUCCAGAUGAGAUGAUCCAAUGCAUAGUUUGUGAAGACUGGUUCCAUGGAAGGCAUCUUGGUGCAGUUCCCCCUGAAAGUGGAGACUUCCAUGAAAUGGUGUGCCAAGCCUGCAUGAAUCACUGCCAUUUCCUAUGGGCUUAUGCAUCGCAAUUAGCAGUUCCUGCUUUGACCAAAGUGAACUCCCUUGAAGAUGAAGGGAUUGUCCUGAAGGUUGAGGAAAGUGAAGAGCAGAAAAAAGAAAUAAAAAAAGAAAGUGAAGUGGAACACCAAGAAACGAAGGAGGAAAAGCAAGUGGAACAGUUUAAUGAACCAUCCACUAGCUCUGGGUCUGCCUGUCUGGAGGUGGUUACUAAGAGUGAGGAGCCAGUCUGCAAGCUGAAGGAACUCCAAAGCAAGGAAUUUUUAAAAAAGGACACCGCCACCUUUUGGCCAUCGAACUGGAGAAGUAAAUUAUGCACCUGUGAAGACUGUUUGAAAAUGUAUUCAGAGCUUGAAGUCCAGUUCCUGACAGAUGAAUGUGACACUGUCUUGGCUUACGAAAAUAAAGGUACCAGUGACCAAGACACAGAGCGGAGAGAUCCUUUAAUGGACACCCUUAACAGCAUGAACAGAGUCCAGCAAGUAGAACUCAUCUGUGAAUACAAUGAUUUAAAGACAGAACUGACGGACUAUCUCAGGAGAUUUGCAGAUGAGGGAACGGUGGUUAAAAGAGAAGACAUUCAGCACUUCUUUGAGGAAUUUCAGUCACGGAAAAGACGACGGACUAACAGGAUGCAGUACUACUGUAGUUAGACUGAGAGGGUCUGGGUCUGAAAGGAAAACUGGGAAAACAAUACUCAUUGGCAACCAGAAGAGGCAUCUUCAGUGUUCGGCUUCUCAUCAAAAUCCAACUGUCCCAAGAAACAUCUUCAUUUUGUCUCAUACUUCCUUUACUUGUAGCGACUAAAACAUGUUCUUAACAGGUACAUUGCAUUUAUAGGGAUUUCAGUACUGAUCGACUUUGCAUUCCACUCCUGAAAGCUGGCCGUGUCUCCAGGGGGAGGAUGGCUUGUUCCAAGAACAGUGUGUGCCACAUGUAUUCCCUUUAGCCUUUCACCUGUUCUACUGUUAGUGCCUACAGCUGUACGCUGCACUAAAACCCGGGUGGGGUCUGCCUGCCCUCCCCUCUGUGCAGUGCAGGCAACACACACUCAGGGCGCUUUGCAGGGCGGGAGUGCGUUGCUUUCCUGCUUUAAAUGGCUGUGUAUCAUCUCUUCGGGGUGCAGCAAUUCUAGCAAAGGCUGCCUGCACAAAGCGAGUGUCUGUUUACGACAUGGAGGGAGGCAAAGCUCCUGAAAGGGGUAAAGCAGGCAUGCCUUAUGGUCAUGGCUGUUGGGUGAAGUUGCAUUCUGGCAUUUGGGUCACAUCAGCUGAAGUAAACAGCACUGCACUUCCGCAUGCUCGCUCCCCACUGUGGAGGCGCUCCCUAGGCAGGUGAAAAAUGAGAAACUGUAGGUUAGGCUUGAUGCACCAGAAUGUUCUGUUUUUAUAAAUUCAAAAACUUUGUUUCUAAUAUUGUACAGUGAUGUUUUACACACAAAAAUUUGUCACAUGAACUUUAUCCACUCAC